GAAACAAAAGCGUGUAAAUAAGUUUCGUAAAAUUAAAAAUACGUGUAGUAAAUGCAGCAAACAAAAAACAACCAGCGAUAAAUCAAGCCAAAAAUAAGUUCGCAAAAAUACAAAAUAAUAAACAAAGGAGAGCAGGAAAUUGCAACAUCUUGUGAUAAACGCUGACAAUUUGUUGCCCGUUGAAUGAUUGCAAUAAAGGCUAUCGAGAUGCAGCACAACAACGGCGGCGGCGGCAACAACGCACUGCAGCAGCAGCAGCAACAACUGCAACACCAACUGCUGCAGCAACAUCAGCAGCAACAGCAGCUUCAACAGCAGCACAAUUCGCCUGAUAAUAAUUAUAUUUGGGGAAACAAUAUCAGUAGCAACAACAACAACGCAAUGUUGCAGUUGCAGCAGCAACAACAACUGCGUGCCGCCUCCUGGAUAACCGAUUGCAAUAAGCAGCGCCACAUUAACAACAAUAACAGCAUGAAUGUCAAUUACAAUCAGCAUCACUUGGCGCAGCAACAACCUCAGUACUUGCAACCCAAUUACAACGGCUACACGCAACAGCAGCAGCAACAGCAACAUCUAGUGCCAGCAACAACAUCCCAAUCCAGCAAUCAUUUCUACCCGUGCCAACAGCAGCAGCAACAGCAGCAAUUCCUGGCCCCCACAACAACAGCGGCAGCAGCAACAGCGCACCAGCAACAUCAGACACAGCAGCAACAUCAGACGCAGCAGCAGCAUCAACGACAGGAUUAUACAACCCUUCAAUUGGCCAGACAAGUAAGUAACUACUUAAACGCUAGAAUUUCACCAAGACAACCUUAA